UCCCACACCGUGCUCCGUACUCUAGUGUGCACCGGCUCUUGGUCUUCCCCGUGUGUGUUGUGUCCGACAGUAGCGGUGUACGUGUGUGUUGUGAGGAGACAAAAGUGUCGAUAUGGCGUCAGAUAAGGGGGAGCUGGAUCUGAAUGGAGCCAAACAGAACACCGGCGUAUGGCUGGUGAAGCUUCCGAAAUACUUGGCACAGCAGUGGGGAAAGGCCACAGGAAGGGGUGAAGUGGGAAAGCUUAGAAUUGUCAAAAACCAAGGAAAGACAGAGGUGUCCUUUACUCUGAAUGAAGAGCUUGCCAGCAUUCAGGAUAUAGGAGGAAAACCAGCCCCAUCCUUUGUUACUACACCAAGGGAACAUCCUUUUCAGUUACAGAGUGUGGGAGGACAGACAUUGACAGUAUUUACAGAGAACUUAUUAGGUCAGUCGGAGGAUAAAUCUGAAAUUAGGACAACUGAUAAACUUGCUAUUGAAGGCAUAGUGGUGCAGCGUGCUGAAUGCAGGCCAGCAGCCAAUGAACACUACAUGCAGAUGAAAAGACGGCAGAUUGAAGAAUCCUCAAAACCGAAGAGACAAUCACAGCAAAUUGAGAAAGCUAUAACAACUAAUUACAAGCCAGUGUCCAAUCAUCAGUAUAAUAUUGAGUAUGAGAAGAAGAAAAAAGAUGACGGCAAGCGUGCUCGUGUGGACAAGCAGCAGGUUCUGGACAUGCUGUUUUCUGCUUUUGAAAAGCAUCAGUAUUACAACCUUAAAGAUCUAGUGGAUAUCACAAAACAGCCUGUGAUGUACCUGAAAGAAAUACUGCGAGAAAUCGGUGUUUACAAUGUAAAAGGGACUCACAAGAACACAUGGGAGCUGAGGCCCGAAUACAGGCAUUACCAAGGAGAGGAGGAGAAGAAUGACUAGAGUGACCAUACAACGCAGAGGAACGCAGGUCACAGCCUGUACUUGCAUCUUCAUCAGCACAGCUAGGGGAUGUAAAGAAGGCUGAUUGACUUUUUUUGUUGUUGUUUUUGAAGCAAAGUAAAAUGUCUCCAGUUUGGUAUAAAAUAAUGCAAUGGACAUAUUUUUUAUAUUGGGGCAGGACAUUUUCCCCAGCAAUAAAAGUUGUUUUUAUUCAUU